UGUCGAUUACGCUUAACGUCGAACAUCCAGUGCGAGAGGAGGCGUAGUCGGACGAGAAGUGCUCCAGUGCUCAUCUGAGAAUGGGGAGUGGACUGAUCACCGAACUCCUCUUUCGAAGCUUAUGCUUCUCUCUCCAGUUCCUCCUCUAUGAGAAAGCCGCAGAGGUGACCAACGGUAACAGCGAUGGCAUACUACUUUACGGGACCAAGGUUGCUUCCCAUAACGUAUCCGGAAGUCAACUGGAAACGCACGAAGACCGACCCAUUCCGGUCGAAUUGCUGCCGUACUUAGAGCAAGGAAAGAGAAACUAUGAAUCCUUCAAACAGAUUCUACAAAAUACUACCUGGGAGUCCAUGACUACGCUAUCUGAUGACGUCAUCAAAGUCGCAAGUGCUCGCAACAGAGAAAGUGGCCUCACCAUGACAUACUUAGAGACCGUGGUGAACGUCUCAGUUGACGUGAUCUUCAGAGACGUGUGGGAUCAUGUACAAGAUUACCCAAAAUGGAAUCACAAUUUGCAACGUGUGGAAGUCGUGCUUGAUAUCACGCCAAGAUGCCGAUUGCUUUACGAGGUGUUACACCCGGUCGGGAACGGCAUCAUCUGGAGCAGGGACAUCGUCGCCAUCAUGUAUUGGGACAAGGAAGGCGAUGGAAUUUACGUCGCCCUAGCCAGCACCUCCUGGCCCGCAUUGCCUCCGUCUAGUCAAUAUGUCAGGGCAACCUUUCACCCACAAGGAUUCGUUUAUACUCCAAUGCCUGGUGAACCCGAGAGGACCUUAAUCCAGUGGGUCAAUCACAUUGACGUCCAUCUGGCGUUCAUCCCAGCGCCAGUCAUCAGCCUCCUCAUGGCGAAGACCGGCAGGGACAUCCUCAUGUCCUUCAGACAUCACAUAGAAACCUUGAGGAAGGAAUUUACGGGAUUGAAGGGAGUCUAACUCUUCGUUUUUGUUUUGCCUCUUAUGUUUUUAAAUCAGCUAACCGGGGACUUGUUUUUCCCAAAGCAUUCCAAAAUACCGGGACUUCCCCUAUCGUUUAUCCAACACUUCUUCAACAUUUUAUCGCAUUCCACGCGCUUGCGGACUCCUUCAUGAAAAUUCAGAAUAGGAUGAUACUGAUGUGAA